GCACCUGCUCUGUGGCUGUGCUCCUGCUGCUCCCAGGAGGAAUGAAUGUGAAAUUUGUCACUGUUCUGGUUGUUCUGGCAGCCAUGGUUAGUCGGACGUCUGAGACUUUGUUUCCAGGGGCCUUUAGCUGUUGCACGAAAAUUUCAGAUGAAAUUUCCAAAGGAAUUCUCAGAAGAGUGGAGAGAUUUGAAAUCCAGAAAGCUGGCGGCCUGUGUCACCUAGAGGCUGUUAUUCUCCAUGUGAAAGGCAGAAAGUUCUGUGUGAAUCCAUGGAAUAGAAAAGUUGAAAAAAUGAUGAAGAAGAUGAAGCACAAGAUUCACAGGAGCAAAUCUCAUGUUAGAAAGCAGAGAAGAACCAGAAGAACCAGAGAGAAAGAGCAGAAGCAGUAGCAAAAUGAAGCAAAAUGACCCAUGAUGAAGAUUCUGUGGCAUAUGGCACUGUGGACAAGGAUAGCAGAUUUCACCACUGAUGGACUAUUGUAGCACUAAAAUGACUUUCCAAUCUCUAUGUGCUAGAAAAAGCAGAGGCAGAAAACAUCACCUGUACUCAGAAUGAUGCUGAUCAGACAAAUCACAAAGUGCUCCUGGUAGCGUCUUGCAGCAAGUGCUCGCUGUACCUCCUGGAUCUUUUGGCAGACUUAAAUCUUCCUCUCUCUCACCCUGCUUUUAUGGCAACCUCCCUUGUCACCUCUGUUGUAACUUGCUGCUCCUUCUCAUUUUUUCCCAGUCCUAUUCUUGGUCCCUAUUCUUUCCUGUCUACAAUCAUCUUUCCACUGUUGCCGGUCUUGUUUAUAUUCUUUCAGUCAGUAAUCUUUCUUUUUUGAUUCAUUUUACAUUGAUUUACAAACACUUUUUCAGAUCCUUCCAGCUUGUUUGCCAAAAACCAUGUCUUUUGCCUCUUUUAAACAAUCUCUGCUCCCAGCUGUUACUGUCAUGAAAUACAAUUUCAGUGAUAAUAUCUGAUCCUCUUCACAAGACUCAAAGUGUGGCACUCAAAGCGAUGCAAUAAAUAUCAUCUCUAUU